AUGUCCUUUGCAAAAAUCGAUUUCAUAACUUGCUUCAACAAGUUCGGAACCACAGAUGGUGCAUCGUUUGGCUCUGGUACGGGUGAGGGUGUGGGUUUUGGCAUGGCUGCAACGGGGAAUGGUGUGGUUUUUUGGGCGGGUUUUGAUAUAGGUUUAGGGAAUGGCGUGUGUUGUGGGACUAUUUUAGUUGUAGGCGGAGUAGAUAGUGGCGCGGUGGGGGAAGCGGCAAUAAGUGGUGGUAUGGUCGUUGUUUUUUGUGUCAAAGAAUUGGUUGAAGGGGCUUGUUUUGGUGGUGGUGUAGAAAAUACAAUGCAAGAGUUGGUUUUUGGUGGCCUGUUUGGGAAAAUUGGGGGCGGCACGAGACCAAAAACUGGUGGUGGCGGUACUUUUGGCGGUGGUGUGGCUACUAGAGUGGGUGGUACGGGUGGUGCGGUGGCAGAAACGGGUGGUGGAAGUGUAGAAGAUUGGGCUUCCCAUGCGGUUCGGAUCGAACAGAGCUCGUUUAUUAUGGUUUGCAAUUGA